AACUGCUGCUGCUGCUGCUGUGGGAGCGCGCCUGGGGCGCACGGGCUCAGUCCCUCACUAGCCAGAGGCCGGGGAGAGGAGCAAGGGGGACCAGAGGGGUCCAAACCAGGGCUCCUGCUUCACCUCUGCCACAGACACGGGAUCCCCUAACUUCUGUUCCUUCUCCCUAAACGUGCACCCAGCCGCCCCCCGGGUCGUGCGCUCUAGCCCCCAUCACCCGCGCGCGGCACGAGCGCGCCCGGCGCCAGAUCCAGCCAAAGGGGAUGCGUGCAGGGGACCCGGCGGCUGGGCUCGGGCGGCGGGAGUAGGGCCGGCGGGGAGGCUGCGGGGUUAGACCCCGGCUGCGCGGCGGGCAGAGGCCGCCUUCGCUCCACGUAACACCUGCUGCUGCCGCCGCGCCGCGAUGAGCCGCGUGGUCUCGCUGCUGCUGGGCGCCGCGCUGCUCUGCGGCCACGGAGCCUUCUGCCGCCGGGUGGUCAGCGGCCAAAAGGUGUGUUUUGCUGAUUUGAAGCAUCCCUGCUACAAAAUGGCCUACUUCCAUGAACUGCCCAGCAGAGUGAGCUUUCAGGAGGCACGCCUGGCUUGUGAGAGCGAGGGGGGAGUCCUUCUCAGCCUUGAGAAUGAAACAGAACAGAAGUUAAUAGAAAGCAUGUUGCAAAACCUGACAAAACCAGGAACAGGGAUCUCUGAUGGUGAUUUCUGGAUAGGGCUUUGGAGAAAUGGAGAGGGGCAAGCAUCCCGUGCCUGCCCGGAUCUCUACCAGUGGUCUGAUGGAAGCAGUUCCCAGUACCGAAACUGGUAUACGGAUGAACCUUCCUGUGGAAGUGAAAAGUGUGUUGUGAUGUAUCAUCAACCAACGGCCAAUCCUGGCCUUGGCGGUCCCUACCUUUACCAGUGGAAUGACGACAGGUGCAACAUGAAGCACAAUUACAUCUGCAAGUACGAACCAGAGAUUAGUCCAACAGCUCCUGUAGAAAAGACAUAUUUUACAAAUCAACCAGGAGACACCCAUCAAAAUGUGGUUGUUACUGAAGCAGGCAUAAUUCCUAAUCUGAUUUAUGUGGUUAUACCAACCAUCCCGCUGCUCUUACUGAUACUGGUUGCUUUCGGAACCUGCUGUUUCCAGAUGCUACAUAAAAGUAAAGGAAGAACAAAAACUAGCCCAACCCAGUCCACACUGUGGAUUUCAAAAAGCAGCAGAAAAGAAAGUGGCAUGGAAGUAUAAUAAUUCAUUGACUCGGCUCCAGAAAACAAAAUAGAGUUUUAUAGUUCUGGAUCUGUAUGAAGAAUGGCAUCAGAACAUUAGCUUGGAAUGGCUUGAAAUCUCAAAGGAUCUGCAAGAUGAACUGUAAGCUCCCCCUUGAGGCAAAUAUUAAAAUAAUUUUUAUAUGUUUAUGAUUUCAUUUACAAAAUAUGCUGUGCUAAUAAUGGAGUGAGACAUGCUUAUUUUGCUAAAGGAUGCACCAAAACUUUAAGUAAAUGGAAUGGACCAUACAGAUAAAAUUGCUAUCAACACAUCAGAAGUAUGGAUGUUGGAAGCAGUUAUUUUUGUUUCUUUCACCUUUCAUAAAUUGUAAGCUGGUUAAGGUAAUGUAAAUUGUAUUGAAAUUUACAGUGUGCAAAAAUAUUUUACCUUUACCUAAGUGUUUGAUAAAAAUGGACUGUUCUAAUAUUUAUUUUUACGGUGUUUCAUUUUUCAGUACAUGCUGUUUUGAUUAAAGAAAUGUAUCUCUGUUGUCAACUGAAUUCACACACAUAAAUAUAAAACCAUAGACAAAGUUUCUUUUCUAGAAACUGUCAUCUUCUUUCAGUUUCUCUGCUUUUGGUCAGACAAUGUUUAGGGAAUCUCUUCAGAAAUAAGAAGCUAUUUCAUUAACUGUGGUAUAAAUCCUCUCAAAUAUUUUAGAAGCAAGAAUUGUCUAAUUUCAAUUGUGCAAGACAUGUGCCUUAUGAUUAUUUUUAGUUUAAAAUUCAACAGAUUUUGUAAUAAAAUAACUUUGUUAAUAGCUGAGUGUAUAAACAAUUGGGUGUAUAAACAAUUAUACACUCAAUCUAGAACAAAAGAAGUGGCAUAGACAAUAUAAAUCAUUUGUGUUCACAUGUUGCCUAUAUAACCACAAGUUGCUCUCUGAAGGUUCUGGAAUCAAUUUGGUCCCUCCUUUGCCCACAAAACAAAGAUGGGUGUUUGGAGUCUGGGAUGGACCCUGGAGACAGAUAGCUGCAAAAUUUGUCUAAAGUUUUUCCUGGCUUUAUUUAGCCUCUAUUAGCAUAUAAAGGGGUUUUACAGUUGGGAUAGAUGAGCGGUGACUAUCAGUGUGGAGGUGAGCACAGCACACUGGCAUUUCAGCAGGGAAAGAAACUAUGAAUUAGUGUGAAAAUGGGUUGGAGGGCAUCAAUGAUCUGUGUUCGUUCUUGAGAGUUUGGCUGGUAGAGUAAACUGGGGCGCCUCUCUGUCUUGUCUCCUAGUUUCUUUAAUGCUUGUGGCUCUUUCUCAAGAGACAGUUGUAACUAUCUGGUUUUCAAAUAUCCCUGUGCUCCUUUCAACCAAAUAAAAAGUUCUUGUUUCUGAA